AUGAGACCGCCUAAGUCUAGAUACACGUCCCCCACCAUCCGCGUAACCACGAUCAUGACCACGGUCCCGCGCACCUUCGAUCUUGUAGCAAGCUCACGUCUCCUGCACCUUAUACAUCACCGAAAUCACAACCAGCACGGUGCCGCCUGUUGGUACUCGCGCUUUAAUCAGCUGCGCCGACACAUAACUCGACUUAUCCGCGAGGAGGCGUGCUACACAGCUACCUGCGCGCGCGGCGCGACUCAAAACGCUUAUGGCCACAAAUCGCGCGUAGCCCUCGCUCAACGCAUUGCCUUCAUGCGCGAUAUACUAGUACCUAAGUGUUUUGUGGCAUUUGGAAAUUUAGUUGCCGACUCUCAGUACGCAGCGUUAGGCCUCGUGUUAGUAGGCGAAUUAUCGCGGGUUAAUUAUGCUUUAGAGACGCUUGGCCAUGAUUUUCUAGGAGAAGUUGGUAUUUCAAAAGUCAAAGCUUUAGAACCUCUGGCCCCUCCCUCAAACGAUGUACUCGAUCCACAAGAUGCUGGAGAAGUAGUUCCGCGACAAGAAUUGUGUGGCUCUCCGAAAGAGAAUGAAAAUUAUUGGGAUAACAUCAAUGAACCUUUCACUAAGGGAGAAGAAGCUUUACAGAUACAGAACCCAACUAGCACAAGACCAGAUAAAAAAAGGAAGCCGAGAUCUAGAGUUAUUGGUGAUGUGUCAUCCAGUAAAAAAAAGAAACCAAAGAAAGGUGAUAUAUUUGAUGAGUUGUUCAAGGGACUUAAGUAA